AUGUCAGUGAAAUGCAUUCUGUUUCUGUCUGCUGCCUCUGGGUUUCUGACUUCAGGCGCCCUCAAACCCAGAGAAGCUCGAGCCCGCUACGAUGCCCUCAUCACGGAUCCGCCGGAAGUGCAAGAGGAAAUCAUCAACGUGCACAACAGACUCCGGAGAAGCGUGGAUCCUCCAGCCAGGAACAUGCUGAAGAUGGAGUGGAGUCCUGAAGCCGCCUACAACGCGCGGAUUCUGGCCAGGUACUGCGACAUGGUGGAGAGCGACCCGAUGGAGAGGAGGCUGUCCAAUACCUUCUGCGGAGAAAACGUGCACGUGGAAUCCACCCCCAUCCCAUGGGCCGAGGUCAUUGAAACCUGGUACAACGAGUCGAGAUACUUCAAAUACGGGGAGUGGACCACCAUGAACGAGGACACGCAAACCAACCAUUACACGCAGGUUGUCUGGGCAUCUUCUUUUCUCCUUGGCUGUGGAGUUUCCUCCUGUCGCAAAAACAGGGAGCCUCAGUAUAUCUACAUCUGCCACUACUGCCAUGAGGGAAAUAAUCCUGACAUGAUAAAUGAGCCUUAUAAGAAGGGCCCUUGGUGUGAAGACUGCCCAAAUAACUGCGAAGACAAGCUGUGUACAAACCCCUGCUUCUACUUUGAUGAAUUCCAGGGCUGUGACAAACAGGCCAAGACUCUUGGAUGCGAACACCCAACCCUUAAGAUCAUGUGCAGGGCUACCUGUUUGUGUACAACAGAGAUAAAAUAAGUCUCGGUUAUUCUCGACUCUCCUGUGAUGUGCAAACUGGACGGAGCCUGCGGAAUUGUCUAUUUCACUGUGCCUUCCUGAAGGAGUUUCUGCUGAAUUUCCUUUGAGUUCAUUUUGGCUCAAGGUCUUAAAUUUAAUAAUCAUUCAUGGGCAUCUGUACAUUUUAAUCAAUGUUUAUUUUGUUUCAUCAAUUGCAACACUUGACUCAACUUAAAAGAAAUGCAACAUGAUAGACAAUUCUUGUGCUGACAGAAAUGGCCUAACAGUGU